CGUGGUUUGCAUACUAGCAUUUCUUGCAAGGCUGUGACAUAUUCGUGAGGCCGCGAAUUCGAACAAAAAAUGGCUACAGACGACAGAGGCGAUCGUAGACCAGUGCGGGUUUGGGUGGACGGAUGUUUCGACAUGGCGCACUUUGGCCACGCGAACGCUCUCCGCCAGGCCAAGAAGAUGGGAGACUAUCUGGUGGUGGGGAUCCACUCGGAUGAGGAGAUCACCAAGCACAAGGGCCCGCCCGUCAUGACGGAACAGGAGAGGUACAAGAUGGUGGGAGCCAUCAAAUGGGUGGACGAGGUUGUGGAGGGUUCCCCAUAUGUCACCACCCUGGAAACUAUGGACAAAUACAACUGUGACUUCUGUGUCCAUGGUGACGACAUCACCAUGACAGCAGACGGACAGGACACCUACGCGGAGGUGAAGAACUGCGGGCGCUACAAGGAGUGUCGGCGCACGGCUGGCAUCUCCACGACAGAUAUGGUUGGUCGGAUGCUGCUGCUGACCAAGACGCAUCACGAUCGGGAACACGAGACCCAUCCCCCGAGGAAACAGGUAGAGGAGCUGGGUACCGGACACGAGGCCCGCAGCCCUUGGACGGGGGUCUCCCAGUUCCUCCCGACGACGCAGAAGAUCGCCCAGUUCUCCGAGGGCGGGGCCAACCCCCAGCCUGGCGACCGCAUCGUGUACGUCUCCGGAGCCUUCGACCUCUUCCACGUGGGGCACCUUGACUUCCUACAGAAGGCUCGACAGGAGGGCGACUACCUCAUCGUGGGGCUCCACACCGACCCCGUGGUCAACUGGUACAAGGGCUCCAACCACCCCAUCAUGAAUAUUCAUGAGCGGACCCUGUGCGUGCUCGCCUGCAGGUACGUGUCGGAGGUGGUCAUCGGCGCCCCCUACACCGUGACAAAGGAACUGAUGGAUCAUUUUAGCGUCGACGUGGUCGUCCACGGGAGGACGCCCUACCCUCCCGAUCGGGACGGAAGCGACCCCUACAGGGUCCCGAAAGAACUGGAGAAGUUUAAGCGCAUCGACAGUGACAACGACAUGACGACCUCCAAGAUCAUCAAGAGGAUCAUCAGUAACAGACUUAACUUUGAGGCAAGGAAUAAAGCUAAAGAAGAGAAGGAGAUUCGGGCUUUUGAAAACCUGCAGAAGCAGAUGGCAUCUGGAGAGUGUUUUCUCGAGGAAGCAUAAUUAUGUUAUUAUAGUGCUUCCUGAUUUUGAUCCUUUCUUGAUGCUUUUUUGAAAAUUAGUCCAUAGUGGUUUGAUUGUAUGGAUGACAUCCUCUGGGAACCCCCAAACUGAUGCGAGUGUGCUAAUAGAAAAAAGUUUGGCCAAAAAAAAGGUUGCCUGUAAGUUCAGAAAGGUUGAACAAAUGUCUGAGCAUGCUAUGGUUGAAAGCUUUUUUUAAACGGUCAAAAAUAUAUGUACAGAGACGUCAUCCAUAUGAUCAAAUCAACAUGGCCUUAUAACCAAUUCAAUGUAUGAGGGCAUUGCUUGCAAGGUACUCGUAGUCUGCUAUUCAGCAAAUAGGAGCUGGCAAACAUCAUUUUACAUAUUUUCAUAAAAACAGAAUACUUUUGCAUAAUGGAUAAUAUUUAAUAUUGAAUGGUCUGGGCAUACAGGUCUUUCUUUUGUGACACAUUAAAUGAAUAAUGUUUCUUAUGAUGUUUUAAGAUUAUUAUGUUGCAGUGAAUUGUUUGAUAUUUCUGUACCUACUAAGUAGUUAGAUUUGUUUGCAGUGAAUUAAAAGUCUUGGCAGUUGCUUUUAUUACCAGUCUGAGAAUAGUUUUAGAUUCAUGACAUUAUAUAGGAAAUAUUUUCCCAUUGAAGAAUGUUAUUCAGCAUAAUAUAAAUUUCAUGUUUUAACAGUUAAUGCUUUGGCUAUCAUGUUUAUGUGAUUACUAGUAGAUUAUUGAUAUCUUGCUAUAUUGUUACAGUGUUAGUAAAAUCAUAUACUAGUAUUUAUGAUGAUGAUUCUACAAAUUAAAUGUAU